AUGAAGAGUGAUAAAUUUAAACAUGAACAGAUUGAUGUGUGGCAUUGUAGUACAUCUCCAAUUGACGAGUCUAAUGAUGAGGCCCUAGAAGACUCUCUUAUAAAUAAGAGUCAUUGUGAGUAUAAGUUCCUGGAGAGGGUGAGGAACCUGUGCUACAUGGUGACGAGGCGGGAGAGAACGAAGCACGCCAUCUGUAAGCUUCAGGAACAGAUAUUCCAUCUGCAGAUGAAACUGAUUGAGCAAGAUCUUUGCAGAGAGCCUUCUGGGAGGAGGUCAAAGGGCAAGAAGACUGGCUCAAAAAGGAAGGACCGAGAGGGCCCCAAGGGCAGCAGUCCUGAGAAGAAAGAGAAAGGGAAGGCUGGCCCGGAGUCCGUUCUGGGGCAGCUAGCUCUGUCCACCUCAUUCCCCAUCGACGGCACUUUCUUCAACAGUUGGUUGGCACAGUCGGUUCAGAUCACAGCCGAGGACAUGGCCAUGAGGGAGUGGUCUUUGAACAGUGGGCACCGGGAGGAUCCUGCUCCAGGUUUGCUGUCAGAAGAACUGCUACAAGAUGAGGAGACAUUACUCAGCUUCAUGAGGGAUCCCUCACUGCGACCCGGUGACCCUGCCAGGAAGGCCCGAGGCCGCACUCGCCUGCCUGCCAAGAAGAAACCACGCCCGCUGCAGGAUGGGCCCAGUGCACGGACCACUCCAGACAAGCCACCCAGGAAGGCCUGGGCCCAGGAUGGCAAGGGCACGGAAGGACCACCCACGAGGAAGCCACCAUGGAGGACGUCUUCUCCCUUGCCGUCCAGCCCUGCAGCUGGAGACUGCCCAGUCCCAGCAGCACUGGAAAGUCCUCCAACACUGGUGUCUGAGAUCCUGGAUGAGACAACCCCUGUGGCUUCCGAUUUGAAUGUCCAAGUGCCUGGCCCUACAGUGAGCCCCAAACCCUCGAGCAGGCUCUGGCCACCCCAAGAGAUGAAGGUCAGUCAUCUGACCCCGGGUGCUAGGUCUGAUGCUGGGACAGGACUGCCAUCUGCUGUGGCUGAGAGGCCAAAGGUCAGCCUGCAUUUCUACACCGAGGCUGACGGCUACUUCUCUGAUGAGGAGAUGAGCGAUUCUGAUGUAGAGGCAGAGGACAGUGGGGUACAACGGGCUUCCAGGGAGGCAGGGGCAGAGGAGAUGGUUCUUAUGGGGGUGCUGGCCUCCUAACUCACCCAGGCCCUGCCCUGGUCCCCUACAAGGCCUCAGCCCAAUCACGACUGCCAUUUCCAACUGUUGAGUACC